AAAAAGUUGCGAAUUUACUUUUGACUUAAAGAAAAUCACUCAACUUGUGAUUUUACGUCACAUCAUUACUAUUUAUUAUUUGUAUAUAAGAAUCAGCUGUCAAGCAGUACGCAUGCCAAUUAUAAACUUUAGAUGUUAUUUAAAACAAAACAAAGAAUCUGUUAAUAUAAAGUAGAAUAACCUUAAAAAAGUUUAUAGAAACUAUGAACACUAUGAAAUCGUUUCGUGAAAUAGUGGCAAAUGCGAAGAAUGUAUUAAUAUUGACUGGUAGUGGAAUUUCCGCGGAAUCUGGUAUUCCUACAUUUAGAGGUGCUGGCGGUUUCUGGAGAAAAUAUCCAGCUGAAAAUCUUGCAACUCCAACAGCAUUUGCAGAAAAUCCUUCUUUAGUUUGGGAAUUUUAUGAAUAUCGUAGACGAGUAGCAUUAGAAGCUAAACCUAAUAAGGCUCAUGAAGCAAUAGCAACUUUCCAAGAUCGUUAUUUAAAAGAAGGUAAAAAUGUUACAAUUAUAACACAAAAUAUUGAUGAACUUCAUCAAAGAGCAGGAGCUAAAAAUGUAGUGGAACUUCAUGGUUCACUAUUUAAGACUCGUUGUACAUUUUGUCAUGAAGUUGUUAAAAAUACAAAUAUUCCAAUAUGCCCUGCAUUAAAAGGGAAAGGAUCACCAGAUCCAAAUAUUAUGACUUCUGAUAUUCCAAAAAAAGAUUUACCUCAUUGUCAAAAUUGUAAAAAUAUAUUAAGACCUCAUAUUGUAUGGUUUGGAGAAAAUUUAGAUGAUUACAUAAUGCAACAAGCACAUAUUGCCGUUGAAAAUUGUGACGUUUGCCUGGUUAUCGGUACAUCAUCUAUUGUUUACCCUGCAGCAAUGUUUGCACCAUAUGUAGCACAGCAUGGAAUCCCUGUUGCUGAAUUUAAUUUGGAAACAACUCCUGCUACAUCAUAUUUCGAGUAUCAUUUUCAAGGUCCUUGCACUGUUACUGUACCAGAAGCUUUAGGAUUAUGAUUUCUGAAUAUAAACAAAACAUUUUGAGCAUGUAGAAUAUUUACCUUGUACUAAACAUACUUCAAUAUUGAGUCCAAGUUGAUGUAAGUACUCUAACCAUAAUUUUUGCUUUGUUGAAAGAAUAUCACGAGGACCUUUUACUUCUAUAAUUUUAUGCUUUAAAAAAAAUAUAUUUUUUUAAUUAAGAAAAUAUGAAAUUUUAAUUUAUGAAAAAUUAUAUAAUAUAAAAUAUAAGAAAUAUAUUUUUUAAUAGA